AUGUCUCCGCCGCUUCAAAACAUGGCCGCCGUUUGCUACGGACGGGAUGAUCUACGCCUGGUGCCAAUCGCGAUCCCUGAGCCAGCUUUCAACGAAGUAGUUCUAGAGGUGGACAGCUGUGGCAUCUGUGGCACGGACGUUCACUUUCUUAAGGAGGGUGGAUUUGGGGAUCAGAAACUUGUGCGUCCGUUGGUUUUGGGCCAUGAGUCGGCUGGAGUAGUGCGUAAGGUGGGCAGCUCGGUGACACACCUGAAGGUGGGCGAUCGUGUGGCCAUCGAACCGGCAGCUGGAUGCCGUACGUGUGAUUUGUGCAAAGUGGGCAAAUAUAACAUCUGCCUCAAUGGAAAGCAUUGUCCAACGAAAAACCACGAUGGUAACUGCUCCAAUUUCUUUGCUCACUAUGCGGACUGUUGUUUCAAGCUGCCCGAUCAUGUCACAAUGGAGGAAGGUGCUCUACUCGAGCCGCUAGCCGUUGGUGUGUAUGCUGGACGUCGAGCAGACAUUCGGCUCGGCAACCGAGUGGUCAUCUUUGGCGCAGGUCCAAUCGGACUGGUUUCACUGAUCGUGGCAAAAGCCAUGGGAGCUACCAGAACGGUCGUGUUAGAUUUGGCAAAGGCUUCAAAUAGGCUUGAGGCAGCAAAAAAGCUUGGCGCAACAGCCGUCAUACCGAUCGGGGCCUCCGACAAGGAAGAUGACAUUGUGAAGGUUAUACAGGAGGUCUUGGGAGGUCCUGCCGAUCGCGUGUUGGAGUGUACCGGCUCACAGCCGGGGAUGCGCAUUUCAAUUAAAGCGACUCGGAAUGCCGGAAUCGUGUGCCUAGUUGGGCUAGGAAAUGAAGAAGUUAAACUACCGAUGGUGGACGCAAUUUCGCGGGAAAUUCAAAUCAUCACCGUCAUGCGAUACAAUCAUGACUACCCGGCAGCUCUUGAAAUCGUGUCCAGCGGGUAUGUGAAUGUGAAGCCUUUGGUUUCUCACCAUUUCGAUUUGAAAGACGUAAACGAAGCUUUCCGAGUGGCUGCGGCCGGCCAAGGAUUGAAGGUGAUGGUGCACCUUACCCCCCGUGAUAGCAAUAAUCCAACAAAGUUUAUCAACUGAGCAGAUACUGAGGUAGUACU